AAAGAAGCAAGAGAUAGGGUUCUAGCGGCUGGGGAGGGAGAGAGAGAGAGAGAGAGAGGAAGAAGAGUUUGAUCAAUGGGGAAGAAGAGAAAAGAGAGGAUUCAGAAUCCGGAACCGUUCCUUCUAGAUGCCACCGAGUUCGUGAAGUCGAGGAAGCGUUCCAAAGCUCCCAGGCAACACCAAAAGAAAGGAAAAUUGAUCGAUGGAAGCAUUAGCUCGAAGAUCAUGAAGGAAGCCUUGAUUCAGCAGAAGGAGGAGGAGGCCGAGGAGAACCAGAAUGCUAACAGUUCCUUCCAAGGAAUCGAAGAGCCGACCAAUUUCGAGGAAGGUGAUGACGAUAUCGAUGACUUUGCCGGAUUCUCCGAAACUCAGAGUCAUUUCAAUGGACACGAAGAGGAGAUUAACGAGGAUGACGAGAGAUUAAUUGAAGCAUUCUUAGCGAAGGAGCAGGGUGGGCAGAAAACACUUGCAGACCUCAUUGUUGAAAGAAUAAAAGAAAAGGAUGCUUCCGUUGAUGCUUCCGUUGUUUCAGAUCGACCAGUACUUGAAGUGGGUAAACCAGUAAUUGACUAUUACAAAAGGGUUGGACUUUAUCUUAGCAGAUAUGAAAGCGGUAAAUUACCCAAGGCAUUCAAACACAUCACUUCCUUGCUACCUUGGGAGGAGGUUCUGAAUGCAACUGAACCUCAGAACUGGUCACCAAAUGCUAUGUACCAAGCCACUAGAUUUUUUGCGUCUAAUUUUGGUGUCAGAAAGGCUGAACGUUUCUACAGGUUUGUCUUGCUUCCAAGAGUGAGAGAAGAUAUAAGAAAGAACAAACGACUGCAUUUUGCUCUAUAUCAGUCACUGAAGAAGGCAUUGUAUAAACCCGCCGCAUUCUUUGAGGGAAUUCUACUUGCAUUAUGUGAGUCACGCACAUGCACCUGCAGGGAAGCAGUCAUUAUUGGCAGCAUUAUAGAAAAGGUUUCUAUUCCUCAACAUUAUUCAGGUGCUGCGCUAGUGAUGCUUGCUGAGAUGGAAUAUUGUGGCUCCACAAGCUACUUCAUAAAGCUUCUUUUGGAGAAAAAGUAUGCUUUGGACUAUGAUGCGGUUGAUGCAGUUGUCGCUCAUUUUAUGAGAUUUCAUAAUGAAACUAGGAUAAUGCCUGUUAUAUGGCACCAGUCACUUCUUGCAUUUGUACAGGGAUACAAAAAUGAACUGCAGAAGGAAGAUAAGGAUAACUUAAGGUUUCUACUGGACAAGCAACAUCAUAAAUUAGUUACACCUGAAAUUAUUAGAGAGCUUAACCACAGUCGCAAUCGAGGUGAAAAGGAGGAGGAAUUUAUAUCAAUAUCGUCUUCAGCAUCUGUGAUUAUUAAGACUAUUGAAGAAGAUAGAUUUGACAUUCCAGGUGUGCCGAUGGAGGAGGACUAAUUUAUUUUGUGGUUUUUUAUAGGGUUUCCCAAGGGGGGAAAUGUUCGGGACAUGCUCUUCAUCUUCAUGCUGAGUGUAGUUUCGCGGUGUUACUUAAGCAACAUUCUUUUAGCACUUUUGAGGGUUUCAGAUUUUUGUUAUAUAGUAUAUGAUAUUGGAUUUUGUAGCAAUUGCCACAUGGUAGGGAGUUUUUGCUGUGAAUUUAUGGAAUCUCAGUGGUAUUUCCUUUUCUAAAGUUUUUUUUCCAUCGGGGCAGUAAAAUACAAUUCUCUAA